UUAGUCGAUACCACCUCUCCCUUUCCGCCACGUCAGUGAAUCGUACAACAUCUUUAUCCAAACAGUAGUCAUUCUCUUCUUUGUUUCCUCAACUCAUCGGAAAAAUCUCCUUCAACGCUCUUUCCUCGAAGCUCCACCGUCGCCGGAGAAUCUUCCUUUAAUUCGUCGAAAUCUCUCUCAGAUCUCUCUAUCUGUGUUCGUUACCAGGAUCCAGGUCUAUAUCACACCUUCAUUUUUGGGUGAAUAUUACAUCUUUUGUGUGUGUUUGUACAAUCUAUCCUUGAUGGCUGCAACUGGUUCUUUGCUGUUUUAUCGAGAAUCAGGGAUCAAUAAAAGUUCUAUAUAUAGCAGCCAACCCAAGGGAAAGAGAUAUAUAGGAUACACUCAGUUUUUUCCUGCUACUCUUUCUUCCCAUACCUCGUUACAAGAGGCUUGGAGUGUACAUCUUUUGAGCAUACGGAAGCCAAUAAAACCAGCGCCAACUAGGUGUAAGAUAUUAGUUUGUCGAUCUCUCUUCUCACCAAAUGGUGGAAACCAAAUUCCCAUAUUAAAAACAGCUGCUUCAGUUUUGACAAGGUCAUUUGAAGCUUUCCAUGGCCGGUCUCUUGUAGUGCAGUUGAUUCCAGCUGUUGGAAUAAUUGCUUUUGCUGCAUGGGGUCUUGGACCUUUAUUGCGAGUGUGCAGGGUCCUUUUUCUGCAGAAAAAUGAUAAUAAUUGGGACAAGAGUAAAGAACACCAGGUGAUGACAUCUUAUAUUCAACCUUUAUUGCUUUGGGGCGGUGCUGUACUUAUAUGCAGAGUACUGGAACCGGUUAUCCUACCUUCUGCAUCAAGCCAAGCUGUCAAGCAACGGCUUUUGAAUUUUGUCCGUUCAUUAUCUACAGUAUUGGCAUUUGCAUACUGCUUAUCAAGCUUGAUACAACAAACACAAAAGUUCUUUGCGGAUAAGAAGGACCCCAGCGAUGCAAGAACUAUGGGUUAUGACUUUGCUGGAAAAGCUGUUUAUUCUGCAGUGUGGGUUGCAUCUAUAUCCUUGUUCAUGGAGUUGCUGGGGUUCUCAACUCAGAAAUGGGUCACCGCUGGAGGGCUCGGUACUGUAUUGCUCACACUUGCUGGCCGUGAGAUAUUUACAAAUUUCCUUUCAAGUGUAAUGAUCCAUGCAACAAGACCAUUCGUACUAAGUGAAUGGAUUCAAACAAAAAUCGAUGGGUAUGAAGUCUCCGGUACAGUUGAGCAUGUGGGUUGGUGGUCCCCAACAGUCAUAAGAGGUGAUGAUCGUGAGGCAAUUCACAUCCCUAACCAUAAGUUCACAGUAAAUGUGGUACGGAAUCUGAGCCAAAAAACACAUUGGCGUAUCAAGACCCACCUUGCUAUCAGCCACUUGGAUGUCAACAAAAUCAAUAUUAUUGUGGCUGAUAUGCGAAAGGUUUUGGCCAAAAAUCCUCAAGUGGAGCAGCAAAAGCUACAUAGACGAGUGUUCCUAGACAAUGUUGACCGUGAAAAUCAAGCACUUCUGAUACUGGUUUCUUGCUUUGUGAAAACAUCACAUUUUGAAGAAUAUCUUUGUGUGAAGGAAGCUAUCUUGUUGGAUCUACUUAGAGUGAUCAGCCAUCACCGGGCCCGUCUUGCCACUCCCAUUCGUACGGUCCAGAGAAUCUACCGUGAUGCGGAUAUCGAUAAUGUUCCAUUUUCUGAUGUAUUCACUCAAAACCGAGCAGCUGCAAACCGUCCAUUCUUACUGAUAGAACCUUCUUACAAAGUCACCAGUGACGAUAAAACUAAACCUUCAUCUCGACCGUCCGUCAACCCAGAAGAAAAAGAGGAUAAGCCUGUGACAUCAUCAGAACUCACCACCGAUCCCAUCUCAAAACCCACCUCUGAACCGAAAACCUCAAAUGCCACCACGUCACCACCACAACAACCGCAACCACAACCACAACAACCGGCUCGGUCAGCAUUGGAAGAUAACAUUGUACUAGGUGUGGCUUUAGAGGGAUCAAAACGGAUGCUUCCGAUCGAGGAUGAUGAAAUGGGACCCGACACUUCAUCUGAGUCAAAGGAACUGGCUGGCUGUUUAAAUGGGAAUGGUGGACCAACUCCCGCUGUUGGAAAAGACCAGAAAGAUGAGCAGAGCGGUUCUUUAGCAACCGCGACUAAUGAGCAAAAAGAACAAGAAAAGAGGUAACAAGCUGAUUUUUAGUAGGCUUGAUGUAUUUAUCUCGCAAAAUCCCACGAUUUGUAUAUCAUUGUGGAGCUAGGAGUUUGUUGCAUUGUGUAAAUUGUUAAUUGCUUCGGGUUCUUCUCCCAUGAUCAUGGAGCUGGAACCUGAUCCGUUCGAACUAACAUUGAUAAGUACAAAGUAUUUGAACCAGAAAACAGAAUGUACUUCACGUGUUCAGUUCGGUCUGUAGCUUAACGUGUUAACCAAUGAUUUAUAACCGGACCCAUCAUCGAACCGGUUCAACUG